CUAUUCAAACAACUCGAGCAGUCCUCACAAGCUUACCCCCUUACCAUCCAAAAACGUCGUUUAUACCACCAAGACGCGCCGAUCAAGCAAUCGACAAUCGUACAACCUCAAUUCCUUAUUUUCUCCGUGCCUUAUCACCAUGGCAGACAGAUUCCCGUCCCUCGACGACUUCGACUCUGGUGCUCAGACGGAAAUAAAAGAUAUUGGAACGCCCUCCGCCGACGAUUUUCUCGCUCGAGAGCGUGCCCUCCUCGGAGACGAUGCGACACAGUUUACUACUGGUACCGAGUCUGCUGUUUUGAUGGAUGCCUCGUCGGCACCCCUGGCAGAUGACGACCUCCUUGGCGGAAGUGGCGAGGACGCCCAGUUCCAAAGUCAGUUCCCAGAUAUCACUGCUUCCAACGAGGUCGCACCUGGAGGUACCAUUACUGGCCCGUCAGUUAGCUAUAAUUCGGGCUAUGGCGCGUACGUCCAAGACGAAGAGGAACCCGAGGUCAUCAAGCAAUGGCGCGAGAAGAGAGACGCGGCCAACGCAAAACGAGCCGAGCAGUUUGCUGCCCAGAAAGCUGAGACGAUCAAGGACGCCCAGCAAAACAUUGAUGAUUUCUACGAGAACUACAACGCAAAGAAGGUGAAGAUGAUCUCGCAAACUCGAAAGGAGGCAGAGCAAUUCCUAUCAAGCCGAGACGACACCACCUCCGGCGGCACGAGCUGGGAGCGCAUUGCGAAGCUAGUUGAUGUCAGCGGCAAGGGUCAGAAGGGUGGUGCCGCCGGUUCGGGCAAGGAACGUUUCCGUGAACUAUUGUCGAGUUUGCGGAAGGAUGAGAAGGCACCCGGAGCCGAGGGAUACUGAACGUGCUCUCGCCCACCGGUACACAGCUAGCCGGUCUGGCGAUAUAACGAAUACGGCAUAAGGAAAUCCUUCGGCGCAAAAUCACGAGUCGAAAUGGAAUACCGCCGGUGUGGGUUGAACUGUAUGUAGAGAAACCCCGUAUACAGGGGCCAAGAAGCUGGUAUUGCGGGCAACUUUAAGCCUUGGGCGUAAUAGGGGCUAUGAUUUAAAAAAAAA